UUUUAUUUUCCCGCGAAAUAAUAUCACGGCCCGGGCGCCACUAUUUUGAGCUAAAUUCUUAUAGGACAACCCUUUCGUAAUGACCUUUGGAACGAUGUUCUUCGGCAAGGCCAAGACUCCGCCCGCGAAGGUGCCCACCGAUAAGGUGGUGCCCUUACCGACUUUUGACAAUACAUUCAUGCUGACCACCUUUGUCCUGCAUUCCAUGGUUGUCUUCGACACGCCUUUAGAUGCUGAUAGACUCACAAGUGCACUUUCUGCUCUUGUGCAGCGAAAGGGUUGGGAGAAGCUAUCUGCCCGUCUGCGGAAAAACGCAUCUGGCCAUUUGGAAUACCACGUGCCUUCAGAAUUCUCAGCAGAACGACGUCCCAUUACUCACACUCACGUGCAACAUGACUUUCCCAUUUCAGAGCAUCCUGUUGCUUCGCAGCUGCCAAAACCCACCGCGAACCCGGCUAUCGUCGCAGAUGCAGAGACUUUCGAAUCUCUUUACCUGGGGCCUGACAGUCCCUUGAAGCGCGAAGACUAUCUCCUCUCGGAUAAAUCAAUACUCGGUCUUCACAUUCUCUCAUUUGUCGAUGCCACGAUUGUGGUCGUGAACUGGCUUCACAUCGCAUUCGAUGCAAUGGGAAAACGAGCAAUCGUUGACGCAUGGCUCUUGAUGUUGCAAGGGCGUGAAGACGAAAUCCAAGAACCUGUUAGCCUCGAAGCCGAUCCUCUGCAAGUGCUUGGCCACGAGCCGAGCGAAGCACAUUCGUUAGCGGAUAUCCAACUUGGGAUUUUUGGUCAAAUUGGCUGGGCGCUGAACAAUGCUUAUGACAUGUUCAUUCGUCCACAGAAAAAUUAUGUGCUGUGCAUUCCAGGGCAAUUCCUUCGAGAUCUAAAAGCACAAGCUUUGAAAGAAUUGGCUGAUUCGCUCCCGGAUAAGAAGGAUCAUUUCCUGACCGAUGGCGAUAUUCUGGUAGCCUGGCUUAGUCGCCUGACUGUUUCGCACUACAGCCCAACAUCGACUCGAACGGUCGCCUUACAAAACGUCUUUUGUAUACGCAAGGCCUUGAGUGGCACUGUGUUGCCAUCGGGGCAGCCCUACGUCUCCAACGCCAUCAACUUUUUCAAUGUCAUGUUGACCGUUCGAGACCUCCUACAGAAGCCUCUGGGCUACGCAGCCCAGCGAGUUCGGCACGCGAUUCAGACACAGACUAGCCAAGGACAAAUCGAAGCGUACUGCAAAAUGGUGCGUGGUACUGGAGAGGCGAAAUUUCCGCCAUUUUUUGGCAACAUGAGCAUGCACCAAGCAACGUUCUCGAAUUGGCAGAAAGCGGAAUUCUACAACGUUGACUUUUCUGCCGCUGCGAGCACGCCCUGCGACCAUCCAGUGAGGCCGGUCUACAUUCAAAACGUUCAGGGGCCAUUCAAGUUCACCGAACUUUACUUGAUCACAGGUCAGGACUCUCUAGGAAACUACUGGGUGUCUUCUUCCAGGGUUACGGCCUAUUGGGAUUCGGUGCGCCGAGCUCUGGAGCGUGGCAAUUACAUGUUUGAGAAACGAUCGUGACGGAUGUUCUGACUCUUCCGAGAGACGGCUUCACUUAGGUUUAGUUUGACCAGGGGAAACUGACUACGAUAUAAAUGACGGGUGGCGCUGAGCUCAUAGUCGUUGCUGUCAACAUAAUGGAACUUUAUACAUCAGGCUCAUUGUC